AUGAGCACCAACGGACAUGACACGACCUCCCCCUCGAACAAGUUCUCGAUCGAUAUUCCACGACCAAAAUGGGAUUCUAAAGAGGUGAAACACCGACCCAACAUUGAGGUGGUGAUUGACCCUCAACCCAAGGACCUUCUCAAAAAGUUUCAGGGCCCUUUACCACAGUCUAAGACUCAGCUUGACACCGAAAAGAAUGCACUUUUGGCACAGCUCAAGCAGUCUUCGAAGAUCGCCUACGAAAAGCCGGACCUGGUAGAGCAGCAUUUCGGAACAACAGGAUUCUCCACGGUGUUCGGCGCUGAGGAUGAAGACCUCGAGCUCAUGCGCAGUGCGGCCUCGAAGAAGAAGAAGAAGACUGACCGAAGCAGAAUCAAACUAGAGAUUGGAUCUCACUCCGGGCCGUUGAACCAACUCAGUCUCGGUAAAACCCCUAUCCAUCCCGCUCGAGCAGCACGGGAUAUCCUCAUCAGCCGCUUUCAAGAAGAGGUAUACCCUCCUUUGACUUUCUCCAACGAAAUCAACGAUCGACGACUGCCUGGCAAAUUCCAGUUUAUCGACCAUUACAUCAUCAGUCCUAAAGUCAAGAUGGCGCCACCUUCGACGAACUCGGGCUGCGACUGCACAGAUUGCACACUAUCCGCCUGUAAGUGCUUGACGAAGGAAGUCGAAGGCCGUGAGACCCAGGUCGAAAUCUAUGUCCGUCGACCCGACGGCAUCAUCGUUCUCUCGGACGACUUCAUUAUUUGUCACCAGGAAGAACAAGAAAACCGCCAGGAAAUAACGGAAUGUAACGAGCAUUGCGGAUGUGGCGGUGACUGCUGGAAUCGGGUUGUGUGCAAGGGACGCACGGUUCCUCUAGAAAUCUUCCAGACCGAGAAGUGCGGGUUUGGCGUCCGCUCGUCGAAAGAUAUUGUCAAGGGUCAAUUCAUCGAACGAUACCUCGGCGAGGUCAUGACCGAGCACGAACUGGUGAUCCGAGAAGACCCGGCAGAAGAGCACCAGGCUAGCUAUGUCUUUUCACUGGACUGGUUCAGCAGAUUAGAUAACAAAGAGCCCUAUCACGUUGAUGGGGAGUACUUUGGGUCUGCCAUGCGAUUUGUCAAUCACAGCUGCAAUCCGAAUACGAUAUGUGUACCUGUGCAGACCAACAGAGGGGACAGGAGGGUCUAUGACCUCGCCUUUUUCGCUAUCAAAGACAUCAAAGCUGGCCGGGAGAUCUGCAUCUCUUAUGAAAGUAAGGGUGCAUACGACGAAGGGCAGCCCUCGGAGGAUUUGGUGAAGUGCCACUGUGGGGAGUACAACUGCCGCGGAUACCUGUGGAGACCAGGAGUUACGACCAGACGAAGGAAGCGACGCCAAGAAUAA